GUGGCGGCCCGGCCUCGGCGCGGCCCCAUAAAGGCAGCCGGUCGGUCCAUCCAUCCAUCCGCCCGGUUGCCGCUGCCCCGCUAUGUCCCCGCCGCCGCCCGCCCUGCCCUGGCUGCUCGCCGCCUGCUGCCUCUGCGCCCUCCCGCGGGGCUCAGGGUUCCCCUACCCUUCUUCGCGCUCCGGGGACGGCGCGGAUCUGCCCAAAAGCCAGCAGCUGGCACUGUGUUUCAGUCAGUGGAUGGAACUGUCUAAUCAACCCCAGAUCUCCAGCACGGUUUUGGAUCUCUGUUAUUCCAUAUUCAACAGCAUGCAAACAAAUGAGGAAUCACAGAUUGCUGCUGCAAAGUUUACAAAGAAGGAUAGUCAUGGGACUGUGGGACGGCCUUUUUUCCUUUUCAGGCCUCGGAAUGGAAGAACUGUUGAAAGCAGUGAAUACCAUGGAAUAUGAAGUUUGUGGGUCGACUUACCAGUACGAUGACUUGGUUUACAUAAAGAGACUUCCCAUUGCACUAGUUGUCUAUUAUGUGACUCAGUUGUCUGGAUUUUGCUGUUCCAUGUAAUAAAUUUGCAAUCAUUAA